AUGAGGACCAUGAUUCUGGAGAUCUUUGCCUUUCUUUUAACCACUGCAGGGUGGAUGCUCAUCUGCUCCACCUUGCCAACUGAAUACUGGAAGAUUGCUACAUUAGAGGGAAUAGUCCUCGGCACGGCACUCAUCACUUCCAAUCUUUGGAAAGACUGUGUUGGUGAUUCAACUGGAGUCAGUGACUGUAAAGAAUUUCCCUCCAUGCUCUCACUGGAUGGUCAGUCAUUUUGUUUUUAUUGUCCUCUACCUGUUUACAGACCUUUUCAUGUUCCUUCGUGUGUAAAUAAAAAAUAUUUUGUGUUUCAUUUUCUUUCUUUUUUUCUGUUUUAUUUUGUUAAAGUGCACGCUUAUACAGGGACAUUUUUUAUUUAUUUGUUUAUUUUAUUCAGUGAUCCUCAUUGAUCCUCAGUUUUAAUGCACUGCUAUUUAAUCUUCGCUUUUUCUCUUUUUAAACUAGGCAAAAUAAUUUAAAAAUUCACUGGAACUCAAGAAUAGUAGAUAUUUUGAAGUACAAUUCUUCAAGUUAGUCAUACUUUAAAAUGAUGUCAAUUUUUCCUUUUUUUUCCAGGACAUUAAAGUCUCCUUCAGUGAUUUAAUUUCUGAGAAUUACUCUCUCAAUGUUUAUUUGCCUUGCAUUGGUCCAGGGAGUGUUAAAUCAAGACAAAAUACCAUUAAACAUUGCUGUUUUUGAGUGCAAAGAAGUCACAUUGAAUUUUGUGUUUGUAGCACACAUCCAGGCAUGCAGGGCGCUGAUGAUCAUAGCCGUCUGCCUUGGUUUUUUUGGUUCUGCAUUUGCCCUUUUUGGAAUGAAAUGUACUAAAAUUGGAGGAAAUGACAGACGCAAGUCCAGAACUGCCUGCUUUGCUGGUGUCACUUUUAUUAUUGGUGGUAAGUGUUGUAAUUUUUUUCUUUUAAGAUGUAAAUUUUGAUAUUUUCACAGCAAUUUAAUCUACUUUUCUUGCUUUCCCAGGUUUGUGCUCACUCACGGCGUGCUCCCUCUAUGCGCACAAGAUAACAGCGGAGUAUUUUGACCCCAAAUUUGUGGAAGUCAAGUAAGAAGUUAGAACAGAGCCAGAGGGCAGAAACGCUUAGAUGUCAGGGAUUGCCAGUAAACACAAGUGUGAGGCUGCCAAAUUUUUAUAGCUUCAAAAAAGUAAAAACAAUCACAUUUCAACUGUUGUACUCUUUUUGAAUAGAUAUGACUUUGGAGUUGCUCUCUUUAUUGGCUGGGGGGGAUCUGUCCUCUGUAUUGCAGGAGGCAGCAUUUUCUGUUUCUCCAUUGCCACUUCUGUCACCAAAAGGUUUGUAUAAGUAAAGAUGACAUUAUCAUUCAAUGCUUGGAGCGGCACGAUGAAUCAGUUUUGUUGAAUCAUACCGGGAUUGUGUUUUCUGUCUUUACAGCCACCGUCAGGCCGAUGAUACAGACAAAGCAGUUGCCUCAAACUCUCCUAUUUUCUUUAAUCCAAGUGAACAGGCAAAGUCUGAGAGUCAGUGGUCCCGUACAGACUCCAGCAGCUCCUCCACUUUCAAGCACUUUGACACAAAUUCAUAUGUGUGA